UGAAGAUAUUGUAAAAAUCUUUUUAAACAGAUUUGUUAAAAUUUUAAAAUAAAUAUAUUUAUAUUUAAAAUAAGAAGAUAUCAAAAGAUAUUAUGAUUAAAAUAUUUUAAAAAUUCUAUUUAUUAUUAGUGUGAAUUUAAAUGUAAUAUGAAUUUCUAUGAAUAGGUUCAUUAGGUCCAUUUUUAAAAAAAUCACACAUGAAUCAAAGUUGUGACUUCUGUUUGAAUAUAUAAGAUUGAAAAUUGAAUUCCCAUUCUCUAACUGUGGCCGGGACUUGAGAAUAGAACAAGACUUCUUUCAAACUUCCUUUUAAAUCAAGCAGAAAAUGCAAUUAAAUUCCUUGAAUUCCAUCUGUAAGCGUUAAUAACAAAAAUACAAUCGUAUAAUUACUGAUAAACUUAAUAUCAUAAACUUGUAAAAAAUUAAAAACUAAUAUCAUAAACAUACAAAUUCUUAAAAUUGGAUCAUACUCAUUUUUAACUCUUGGUUUAUUUGAAUUCUAAACAUGUAGAAGAGCUUGCAAGAACCAUAUUCUUUGCCACGUCCUAUAAAUAGUAUAUUAACAAUAUAGAAAACAAAUCCCCAGAACUGGAAUAGUCUAAUUUUUUUAUGGUAAAGACAGUAAAAUAAGUUUUCUCGCAUUUUAUCUUGGUAUAAUAUGAGUUUACUCGUAUACACGAUGAGUACAUUUCUCUCGAAUUAAUUAAGAUUGCAAAAAUCUUGAAAAUGAUCUUGAUCAAUGUUAUAGGUCCUUUAUCUACGGACGUCCCUCUCCUAUGGAAUGACAUAUGCAGAAAAAAAUGACUAAUGGCUAUUCUUGUCAAAUUAUAAGUCACACACAAAUAAAACAAAUUAAAGCAAAACAAAAAUAUCCUCUUGUGUUUUCUUUCUCCUCAUCGCUAUUUCUCUUUGUGUGUGUGGGAUUGAUUAUUGUUUCAAGCUAUCCUCUUCAACCCAUCAACCUCAUUUGUAAAAAAAAGAAAACUUGAAAGAAGAAGAAGGAGCAACUUUUAAAAUGGAAGAUGAUUAUAGUAGGAUCUUGAUCCUUCUUCAAAUUUAAGAUCGAUAUUUUCCUUAAAAGAACAAUGCCUGUGCCAGAUCCAGGGGCGGGGCGAGUAUUCAUCUUUCUCAUUACCUUAUUUCUUUUCCUAUCAAUAGCUGUUGGAGGUGGUUGUCUGAUUGCAUACACAAUCCUCCCUUACCCUCCAGUUUGGCUUUCUUACCUCGGCAUUUUCUUUGUUUGUCUCCCUUGGUCUUUUUGGAUCCUAACAUUUGCCUACCGCAUUGUCUCCCGCACUUUUGGGUUUAGGAUGGUCAUUGGAUCAGGUGGUAAUAACAACAAUGCGACCGGAGAGUCCAAUGCACGUGAUAUUGAUCCUCCCGAGCAAUCUUUAGAGGCUCAAGAUGAUGAUCCUGAGGCAAUAACUCACCCACAAGGGCAAGUUGAAGGGAACCAAUCGAAGAAAAGAAUGUCAACCUCCAGUAAUUCUACUGUUGAUUCACAUGAAAGUGAGAUGCCACUAGCCAUUUCUAUGGGUUCAUGAUCAUAUAUGUUUUGAUAUGAAAAAGGGAUUCUUGGUAUAGAUAGCAUCAUGAUGGAGAUGCUAAGCAGCUUCUUGAAAACAUGGGAGAUUUUGCUGUUUUUAUUUUGUAUCUUAUACAAAUAGAUUUGUAGAUUCGACAAAAAAAAAAAAGAAGAAGGGAGAUUACACCUUUUACCAUUACUAAAGGUUCUCCUAAAACACAAAC